GUAUACAUGUUGCAGCAAAACACAAUUUUGAAUUUUCAGAAUAAUUAAUUGAAAUUAAGUCAGCUUCCGAUUUUAACAAUUUACAUAAUUGUAAUGUAUUGAAAUAAAACUACAAGCAAUUUGGAUUUCUUGAUUAGAAUAAAAAUGUUCUCUACACUGGGACUGGCGUAUUUAUCUUAUAUUAUGGUGAUAUUUUUGCUAAAAGAAGCAAACACCGCCGCACCUGUUUUCACAUUUCCGUCGGUAAACGUCGACUUACCUGAGAAUCUUAUCGUCGGCGGGCCCGUGACUACACUCACUGCCGACGAUGCCGACGGCGAUAGAAUCGACUACUUUCUGGUUUCUAUAAACCCACGAUAUGGCGACGAGUUAUUCAACGUCGCCGUUACUGGAGAAGUUACAACAAAAGGUUCAUUGGACUACGAGAAAGAUCAAGAAUUUGUGCUAGUUGUAAGAGCCUCAGCCAACGAUGAGGUAGCAGAACAGACUAUUUACGUGCAUGUUCUAAAUGUGAAUGAGGCACCUGAGUUUGAAGGUGAUCUAAUUGGUGCGACAGCGGACAAUUAUGCGUCGGCAGGGUUUGCAGUGACAUAUGUAGAAGCUAUAGAUCCGGACAAAACUACAGAUAUCAUAUAUACAAUAACAGAUGGGAAUAUAGAAGGAGAUUUUGCCAUUCACCAAACAACAGGUCUCGUCUCCGUGGCAACGGGUCAGAUGUUAAACAAAACAGAAAUUAGAGCAUAUGCACUGACGAUAGAAGCAGCCGACAGUGGACAACCCCCUAAAACAGGAACGACAACUCUUAUCAUAGGAAUCUGCAACAGCAGUCAUCGUACAACUACAACAAUUACACGCGUUAUGCUCAUAUUACUCUUUAUAUUUUCAUCAGCAGUCUAAAAAUUGUUUUCACUUUGCAAUGUAACAACAUACAGUGUACAUCAUUUAACUGUUUUGUUUGAUGUGAAACUCGAUUUGAAAUCGUAGCUGACAGCAAUAACAUCGAAAUGGACUCUUUUACUUGAAAAACAAUCGGACGGGUAUUGGCACUUGCAUUCACUCAAAAGAAAUCACAUCUUUAGGCAGCAUCAACUUAGUUAAAACUUUAUCAUAUCUACAAAAGAUCAUUUUAGUGUUUUCAACUGCGAAUAACAUCUUGAAAUUUCUUAAAAUUUUGUGUUUAUUUGUUUGUUUGUUCUUUUUGGGUUAAACC